CAAGGAUGUCAUUCCACACCCAUCGAGUCUUCCUCCAGCAGCCGGUAUUCACAAUGAAGACAGCUUCCUUCUCCGUCGUCUUUCUUGCCUUUCUCUUGUUGUUCUCUGUAGCUUUGGCAAGUGAUAGGGUUGAAAAACAAAACGAAAAGAAUGCAUCAGGCGACAUUUCUUGUGGAGUCAGUUGCCACAAUGGUUAUUGCUGCGGAUAUGGUGAGAACUGCUGCUCCGGUACUGGAUGCUGCCGAUCAGGUCAGACAUGCUGCGGCCAUCUUGUUUGCUGCGAUGUUAAGGAGUAUGCUGCGUUCGUGAAUGCUCACGCUGUCCCUAGCAGGACAGCAGCCCUUGCAAACUGAAAGCUUCUCAUUUCUGAUCUGUUAUCGUCUUCAUAAUGAUGAUAGCAGUAACUUUUGGUGCAUCUAAAUAAUAAAGCGAGCAUGCUUAUUGUCUGCUAAGACAGCCUGCAUGCAUGCAGGGUCUGCAUUUCCUAGUUCUUGUUGUUUGCAAAAACCAUAACCAGUGUUUUUGCAAGAACCAGAACCACUGUUUUUGUCUGUCGUAUGUGUGUACUUGUGCAAUGGAAUAAAAUAUGUUUUAUCUUUAUUA